AUGUGUGUUGAUUUCACCGAUCUCAACAAAGCAUGCCUCAAAGAUGCUUACCCUCCACCCUUUAUUGAUUCCCUAGUUGAUAAUGCAUCAGGUUACCAAACUUUGAGUUUUAUGGAUGCAUAUUUUGGGUAUAACCAAAUUCUUAUGCAUCCAUCCGACCAAAACAAAACUGCUUUUGUUAUUGCCAAUGAUAAUUAUUGCUAUAAUGUCAUGCCUUUUGGACUAAAGAAUGCAGGUGUAACUUAUCAGCGGCUUAUGGACAAGGUCUUCGCCCACCAAAUCGGAAAGAACUUGGAGGUAUAUGUCGAUGACAUGGUGGUCAAAACUAAGCUCGACAACGACCAUCUAGCCGAUCUUUCAGAAAUCUUUGGCCAAAUACGACAAUACAAUAUGCAACUAAAUCUGGAGAAAUGUGCAUUCGGAGUACAAGGAGAAAAAUUCCUCGGCUUCCUGCUAACAAAUCGAGGAAUUGAAGCAAAUCCAGAAAAAUGCCGAGCCAUAUUAGAUAUGGCGAGCCCACAAACUAUCAAAGAAGUACAACGCCUUACAGGGAGAAUGGCAGCCCUCUUAAAAAGGGAGAAAGUACAACAACCGAUUUAUUUCAUCAGCAAAUCACUUCAAAAUGCCGAGCUCCGAUAUCCGAAGAUUGAAAAGCUCGUACUGACACUAAUCUUGAUAGCUCGUCGUCUUCGACCUUACUUCCAGAGCCACAUUAUCAAUGUGCGGACUGACCAGCCCUUGAGACAUGUGUUACACAAACCUGAACUGGCUGGCCGACUCAUUAAAUGGUCGGUGGAACUAUCUGAAUUCGAUAUUCAAUAUAAAAGCAGAGGACCAAUCAAGUCACAAUAUCUUUCCAAUUUUCUCGCCGAAUUCACUAAACCAGAUCCAACAACCAGCUUGGCAACAUGGACGCUAUAUGUUGAUGGAGCAUCCAACCCACAAGGAUGCGAGGCAGGAAUCAUUCUAGAAGAUGGAAAUGGUUUUGUUCUAGAACAAUCCUUGCACUUGUCGUUUAAAGCAAGUAACAAUCAAUCCAAAUAUGAGGCACUAAUCGUUGGACUAAAGCUUGCAGCCGACCUAAAUAUAUCUGAACUACAGGAAAAUAAUCACCGAGCCGAUAUCUUGUCUAAACUUGCAAGUUCCCAGACACCAACUUCCUCUUUAUAUAGAUCUACAUUGCUUACACCAAGUGUAACUUUAGCUGAGGUUUUGAGUUUAACUCAAGAAGAAGACUGGCGACAACCUUACAAAGAAUACAUAAAAUCUGGGAACAUCCCACCCGGUACCACAAAUAUAGCGAAAUUUAAAAGACUGGCAUCUUUCUUUAUUGUCUAUGAUAACUGUUUGUAUAGGCGAGGUUUCUCUCGACCUUUGUUGAAAUGUCUUUCCAGGAACGAAGCCGAACUUGCACUGGCUGAAGCCCAUGAGGGUAUCUGUGGCACACACAUCGGCGGCCGAAGUUUGUCCUCAAAACUAUUGCGCACGGGUUUUUAUUGGCCAACAAUCCAAAAGGACAGCACUGACAAAGUUAAGACAUGCCAGAAUUGCCAAAUGCACGGCACCAUCACACAUUUACCAGCUGAGGUUCUCCACAGUUCCGAGGCAACUUGGCCAUUCCAUCAAUGGGGGCUUGACAUUAUUGGGCCUUUUCCAUUAGCACUUGGCCAGUUUGCCGAUCAUAAAUUCACUUCUUUCUUGCAGAAUCUCAAAAUCAAACAAUAUUUUUCAUCAGUCGAACACCCGCAAACAAACGGAUUAGCAGAGGCUGCUAAUAAGGUCAUCUUACACGCGCUAAGGAAAAAGCUCGACGAGGCAAAGGGCCUCUGGUAUGAUCCUGAAAUAAUAUGGGAUACAACACCACUGUACAUUCAACAACCAGGGGGACACCUUUCAGAUUGGUGUAUGGUUCAGAGGCAAUGA